UAUCUGGGAGGCAAAGGCUGUAGUGUUAAUUUGCACCUCAAUACAACCAAACUUAACCUUCACUCCACAGACUCACAGGGUUGGAGAAAGCUCCCCUAAGCAGCCAAGAAGCUACCAAAGGGAGCCCCCUGCCCUCCUGUGCUGGUCGAGGCUUGAUGGUCCCCACCUGUGAAGAUGACUUCCUGGCGGAGGCUCUGCUGGCAUUAUCACCUGUGGACCCUGGGCUGCUACAUGCUGCUGGCUGUCCUUGCCCUGAAACUGUCCCUCAGACUGAAGUGUGACUUCAAUGUCAUUGAUCUGGACUCAAAGGAAUUUCAAAGCCAGUACUGCAGGGAUAUCCUGUACAAGACCCUGAAGUUGCCAGCCAAGAGUUCCAUCAACUGCUCAGGGGUCAUUCGAGGGGAGCAGAAAGCGGUGACCCAGGCUCUGCUGAAUAACCUGGAAAGUAAGAAGAAGCAGCAGCUCUUCACAGAGGCCGACUACCUUAGCAUGACAGCAGAUUGUGAGCACUUCAAGACCAAGAGGAAGUUUAUACAGGUCCCACUGAGCAAGGAAGAGGCCAGCUUCCCCAUUGCGUACUCCAUGGUGGUACAUGAGAAGAUCGAGAACUUCGAACGGUUGCUGCGAGCUGUGUACACCCCUCAGAACGUAUACUGUGUCCAUGUGGAUCAGAAGUCUUCAGAACCCUUUAAGCAGGCAGUCAGGGCCAUCGUGUCAUGCUUCCCCAAUGUCUUCAUAGCUAGUAAGUUGGUGUCAGUGGUCUAUGCUUCCUGGUCCAGGGUGCAGGCUGACCUAAACUGCAUGGAAGACCUGCUUCAGAGCCCCGUGCCAUGGAAAUACCUCCUGAACACCUGUGGGACGGACUUUCCCAUCAAAACCAAUGCUGAGAUGGUCAAGGCCCUCAAGCUAUUGAAAGGGCAGAACAGUAUGGAGUCAGAAGUGCCGCCUCCACAUAAAAAAUCCCGCUGGGAAUAUCACUAUGAAGUGACAGACACAUUGCACAUGACCAGCAAGAGGAAGACGCCGCCACCUAAUAACCUAACCAUGUUCACUGGGAAUGCCUACAUGGUGGCUUCUCGAGACUUCAUUGAACAUGUGUUAAGUAACUCAAAAGCCCGGCAACUGAUCGAAUGGGUAAAAGACACCUAUAGUCCCGAUGAACACCUUUGGGCCACCCUCCAGCGUGCCUCGUGGAUGCCUGGAUCAGAUCCCUUGCAUCGAAAAUUUGACCUAUCAGACAUGAGAGCCAUUGCAAGACUAACCAAGUGGCAGGGCCAUGAAGGAGACAUUGAGAACGGGGCACCUUAUACAUCUUGCUCAGGAAUCCACCAGCGGGCUGUCUGUGUUUAUGGGUCGGGGGACCUGCACUGGAUACUUCAGAACCAUCACCUCUUGGCCAACAAGUUUGACCCAAAGGUGGAUGAUAAUGUUCUUCAGUGUUUAGAAGAAUAUUUACGUCACAAAGCUAUCUAUGCUACUGAACUAUGAGACACACUGCAAGAUGAUUGUUACCUGUGUGGCAGGAAAAUGCCAGGACCUACUGGGGCAGUGUGGGGUAGACAGUUGGGGCUCUAGACUCCACGUGUCCCUUAGGAUGAGGGGGCUGCUAUUGGACAGUGGGUAAGUAGACCUCUGCCCCUUGUGACCUGUCACUGGUGAAGGUGGCUAUUCUCCAGCUCCCUCCCCAACAGGCUUUCUUUGGCUUCCUCGAAGAGCUAGAACAAGAAAUACUGUUAUUUGGGAUAAUAAGGGAGGGGACAUGUGACCAGGGACUCUGGAUUUUGGCUGAAGGCUUCCUGUCAGGUUCUCUACAGAGACUGUUUCAAAUACCCCUGGGGGUUGUUGGUCUUGGGAGGGGAACUUUAGUGCAAAGAGCCCUCCUCUUUUGUAUUGUUAAUUUAAAAUAAAGAGCGUCUAAACCAAA